CGUGGGUUCAGAGUCAUCAGUCACUGGGUCUGGGUGCUGGAGGAGUGUCAACAACAACAAGACCAAGGUGGUGGUGUACCUUGUUAACUCAUACAUUACAAGACAAGUACACCAUUAACGAGAAGAUAUACUACAGAUAUAAUAAGACGUUAUCUCUACCACUACAUGAGGAUGAAGUUACUGAUGAUAGUAAUAACUUAUACCUGCAUAUCACACCAUUUUGCAAAUAAUGUUGGAGAUGCAUCACAGAUACUGAAAGGGAAGACCCACACUAAUAAUUGGGCAGUUUUAGUGGACACCUCGCGCUUCUGGUUCAAUUAUCGCCAUGUAGCCAAUGUACUGUCUAUGUAUCGUUCAGUCAAGAGGCUUGGAAUCCCUGACAGUCAGAUUAUUUUGAUGGUGGCUGACGACAUGGCAUGCAACCCCCGCAACCCACGUCCUGCAACUGUAUUCAACAAUGCCCAUCAACAUAUAAACGUGUAUGGAGAAGAUGUUGAAGUUGAUUACAGGGGCUAUGAGGUUACUGUGGAAAACUUUGUAAGACUAUUAACUGGUAGACUUGCCCCAAGCACACCAAGAUCUAAGCGACUGUUAACUGAUGACGGAUCUAAUAUACUGAUAUACAUGACAGGCCACGGAGGAGAUGGCUUCCUCAAGUUCCAAGAUUCAGAGGAGAUCACUAAUGUUGAACUUGCUGAUGCAUUUGAGCAGAUGUGGCAAAAGAAGAGGUACAAUGAAAUUCUCUUCAUCAUAGACACUUGCCAAGCAGCUUCAAUGUAUGAACACUUUUACUCUCCCAACAUCUUGGCCAUCGCUUCCAGUCUAGUGGGGGAGGACUCCCUUUCUCACCAUGUGGAUCCAGCAAUAGGAGUGUACAUCAUUGACCGAUUCACUUACUACGCUCUAGAGUUCUUGGAGAGAGUCACACCUAACAGUGACAGGACUUUAGCACAGUUUCUUCAGGUUUGUCCUAAACGUGUUUGUAUAUCUACGGUGGGAGUUCGACAGGAUCUUUAUCAGCGUGACCCCAAUGAUGUUCUUGUGACCGAGUUCUUUGGCUCGGUACGCAAUGUUGAACUAACAAGUCACAUACUUGAACUCCCUAAGUGUGGGGGGCCUGGUAAAGUUGGACUGAAUAAGUCAAAUAGUGGGACCAGUGUGAAGGAGAAGACCCCAGUAUCUGUCAGUUAUGUGUAUGCUGAUCAACUCCCAAUUCAUAGAGUAUCAUGAACAUAUAACACCUAGCUAGUAAGCUGUUGAAGACAUUAUCAUCAUCCUUAGAUGCAUCAUUAUAUCUGUAUGACUGUAUGUACAUGUUGUGUUGUCAUUAUCUACUUAUGAAAGAUUAAACACAAAAAACUGAGACCACUAUACAGUACAGUACAGUUCCGGCAGAAAUAUUUCAACUGCAAUCAAAAAUUAAUAAGUGAUGACACACCUGGUGUUGACACCAUACAGUACAGUACUAUGUAAUGGUUGCAAUAAAGUACAUGUUGGUCAGACAGGGAGGAACUUAUCUCUGCUGGCUUAACAGAUCAUAAGAUAUGCCCAAAAUAAUUCAGUUGUAUUUAAACAUGUUAGGGAGUUGGGUCAUGUCAUUAACUGCAAUAAACCAUCCACCAUGUACAAAUCUAACUAGUUUAUGAAGAAAAUUUUUACUGUGUUUUGAAUGAAAAAUAUUCAAAUUUCAACAAAUCUAGAGAACAAUGGUUCCAUGGCUUUAACACCUCUGUGGCUGUUCGUGAGACCUUACCUGACUGCUGAAGAGGACUGUACUGUAGGUUAUGGUCAAAAUUUCUAUACUCUACUUGGCAAGGGAUACAACAGUGCCGGUAAUAAGCCUGGUUAUAAUUAUAGGGAAUAGUUACCUUAAUAUACUGUAGUAAUAUAAUGUAAAGAAUAAUGAAAAAUGUUAAGAUUGAAUAUGCUCAGAUUUUUAAUAAAUUUGGAAAUAGUAUUUUGAUUGUCAAUACACAAUGGAGUUCAAGUGGACAGCAGUGAUUUAAUGAAAACAAAAUUCUAGUAGUAAAAUAAAGUACAGUACAGUAUUUUAAGUGGCAGUUUUUAAUAUUUAUUAAUCUUUUAUGUCAAAACAUUAAAUUUAAUGUACUAAACAAGGCACAGGGGUUAAAUUAACAGUGAAAACUUACCUUGAUCAAAUAUACAAUAAUGAAUAAUGUUAAAAUUUUACAUUCUCUGAUUUUUAUGCCAAUUUAAAAGUGGUAUAUGGGAAGUAAAUUUGAUUUUACCUUUAAUGCACCGUAAUGAUAAAUUAUAUUUUGUGGGAUUAAGAUGUUUUACAUAUUUUAAGAUAGUAAUUAUUUAGCCCCUAAGAUGCAUGGAUUUCAGCCCCUUGGAAAUCUGCCAAUACUAGAGGUCGCGGUCAUGAAUGGUGAGUUGGUAUACAUUUAAUGAUUUGCCAAUAAGAGAAAAUGCAAAUCCAGAAAUGGCAAAUAUCAUGAAUUUACUGUAAUGUUUAUUUAUUUUUGUGAUCUUUGGUAAUAAAUCAAUAAAAUACAAAAAAAAUAUUUAGUAUGACUGUAUACUGUACUGUAGUGUGCACCUGUGUCAUAUAAGGUCAUGCAAAGUGGAGUUUUACUGUAUAUUAUAUGUAUGUGGGUGGGUGUGUGUGUACAGUAGAGACAAAGGCUAGGCUGAUUGCAGGGUUAGUUUAACUAUACAGUACUGUACAAAUCAGGUUAUAUUCAACUUUCUUCAUAUCCUAUGCAGUACAUACAAUAGUUAAAUGGAAAAAAUCAGUUCAGUCCCAGGUUAGUAAAUUUUUCACUGUGUGGUUUAUACUCAUAUAUACUGUAUAUAGUAUAUAUGUAUAUAUGAGGUCUAGGAUAAAUAAAUGUUCCAUCAUGAACCUUAA